AUGGCUUCUCCGGUACCUCCUCCACAGCCCGGCGUACCGCCAACUCCCCAGCAGAUUGCGGCCAUGCAGCAACAGCUGGCAGCUGAGGCCGCAAAGCACAACAUGUCCGUCGAGCAAUAUGUUGCGCAGCUCAAGGCUCAGGCCAUGCAGCAGCACCAGAUGCAACAGCAGCAAAGAGCCGCUGCUGCCGGCCAAGGCCAGCCGCAGCAAGUCCCUAUUAAACCAGGACCGCCUGAUCCGAAGGCGCUGGCCGUGGCAAAGUGGCUGCGUUCUCAGGAUCUCAAGUCGCGAACCUGCAUUCUCCAGGCAGCCCGAAAGGAUAUGUUCAAAGUCAAACGUGCUAUCCGCGCUUUGCAGUCGCCAGAAUACGCAAAAGCCGCCUCAAAGAACCCGCUUUUGCCAAAAGUCACUGAUCGGGCCUCUGCCGAAGAAACCUUCAAGUUGCUCCCACUCUCUCUUUUGGCCUUGCGAGUCACCAAGCUCGAAACUCCGGCAGAGCUUCAGAAGAAACGUGUCAAGGGGCAGUGGAUGGUCAAGAUUGAGCAGCACCAGGACAUCAAAGAUGAGCUGCAUUAUGUGUGGUUCUACGAAGGCCCGCAGUGGAAGACGAAGCUCUAUGCUGGACUGGCGCUGGUCGCCAUCAUGGCCGUUGUCAUGUUCCCUCUGUGGCCGAUGGUCCUCAGAAGGGGAGUUUGGUAUUUGAGUAUGGGUAUGCUGGGUCUCAUUGGACUCUUUUUCGCCAUGGCUAUUUUCCGAUUGAUCCUGUUCUGCGUUACCGUAUUUGUUGUCCCGCCUGGUCUCUGGCUGUAUCCGAACCUAUUCGAGGAUGUCGGCUUCUUCGACUCUUUCCGACCCGUCUGGGGCUGGCAGGAGGACGCAAAGAAAAAGAAGAAGUCGUCCAAGGCCAAGUCUAACAAGAAAGAAGGUGCUACGAAUCAGCCCUCUGACAAGCCUAGUGCUCAGACUUCAUCAGCGACCACUGGUGCUGCCCCCUCCGCUGACUCGCAGCAGCGGUACAUUCAGCCUCGUGUCGAGGAAGUGGAAGAAUGAUGUGAUCUUGCAGGCCGGCUCUGCUCGAUCUUUGACUCCUUUUACUCUUUUCAAAGAUAUUCUCAGUGGACAUAUCGUGGCGUUUGUGGACUGAAUUUACGCUUAUUAAGAGCAUUUUCACCUUGCACAUCUCAGUUGCGCGUCUUUCGUGCUCAGUAGAUUUAUCUUAGCGGAAAAUUUUACCAUUCCUUGUGGCCUACUCUUUGCUUGCUGGAAUAUGGGAAGGUUCCAAUUGAUUAACAUGUAGCCAUUCACUUCACGUAGAAAGCGGAACCAACUGAAAGGUGUGUCUGGAUUGGAAGCCUCGCGAGCC